AUAAAAACCCACCCCUCCAAAACCAGAAACUCAUCUUUCUUUUUUGCCCCCUCUGCACGUCUACUGCUGGUAAUCUUCAUCAACUAAAGAAACCCUAAUGUUCAUCUCCCUCUCUCCUUUCAAGGCAUUGUCACUCAACUUCCUCUUGACUCGGCAUGGACCAACCUUCUUAGACUCGAGCUUGUUAUUCGAUCACUGUAUGCAACCCUAAUUUUUCUUUCGCCUUUUCAAAAACCGUAAUCUCUUCUUCUAAUGAUUGAUGGAUCAGCCACCCGAACCAGUGAGCUACAUCUGUGGAGAUUGUGGAACGGAGAACACAUUGAAGCCAGGCGAUGUGAUUCAAUGCCGCGAAUGCGGUUACCGCAUCUUGUACAAGAAGCGCACCCGCAGAAUUGUUCAAUAUGAAGCACGCUGAAGGGAACCAAUCUGGGAAGGAUGGCAGCAUCAAAAUACCCAAAACUGUUACUCUAUUUUGUGCUCUAAGUGACUUGGGUGUGAUUAGGGUUGUCAUCUUAAACCUUGAUCCUGCUCUAUGGACAAUGGAAACCUUAUAUUUCUAUUGA